UGUGAGAUCGAUAACAAAUUCCGCUGGAUAGCAGCGUAUGCUUCGCACUCAGAGACUAUCUCCCGGCCGACGGCUAUUGCCAGUAUCUCUGUUGGCAAUGCUUCCCUCUUGCUCCGAUUGAUGCAGCUAAGUGGAAUCACUUGGAAUCAAUCAUGCCAAAGCGAGGAAAGAGUGGCCGGAAGGCAGCGUCAGCGGCUCCAUCAGCGCCAACGGAAAUCAUUGUUCCCGAGGAAACCAGGCUCGCAUGGAUGAAGAAAAUCAAGAAAGCUUUCGACACUUUUGAUCAAGCAGAAAACCAGAUGUGCGAUGUACGAGAAGUCGGAACUAUCAUUCGAUCGCUUGGCCUGUUUCCAUCGGAGGAACAGCUCCGUGGAUACAUUGCGGAAAUGGAGGAUGAGGAGAAAACGGGAUACAUCUCUUUCGAAAGGCUGCAGAAGGUUGCAUUUCGGCUUUUGACGAACAAUCCCAUGAGGGACGAUGAGGAGAAACUCUAUCGAGCAUUCCUAGCACUUGACACGGACAAUAAAGGUUACUUAACACCAGACGACCUUCGGGAAUACAUGAUGUCGGAAGGGGAGCCUUUUACAAAAGAUGAAAUGGACGAAAUGUUGAUGGCAUGCACGGAUCCGACCGACGGGAAGAUAUGGUUCGAAGAUUAUGUGACAGUUCUGGCACAAUGACGUAUACAUUCGAGCGAAGGUCAGAUGGGGAAAUGAAGUAUAUUUAGCCUGAUAUCAAGUUGUUGCGUACUGCGAAAUGAAUGACUUGAAUGAGAAAAACUAAAGUGUGGAGAGUAAACGAAGGAGUUACGACAGAUCUGCUGUUGGAGUCCGAGUACGCCAGUGGGGAGUUCAAACCCGAGUCUCACGCUGUAUAGGUAGUCAUCGC